AUGGCCCCGGCCGUUCCCCUGUGCCGGGCGGGGCCGCCCCGGCCCCGGCCCUGGGCGGCCCGGCGCGGUCUCGCCCUCGCCCGGCUCCCGGCGCGCCGGUUGUGGCGCUGCUGGGCGCUCCUGUGGGGCUGGCUGUGGGACGGGCUCGGCCUCGCCGCCCCUUGGCUCCGCCUGGCUCGAGCCCGGCGCCUGCCGGGGCCGGCGGGGGCCGCGGGCGCCGCGGCCGCUGCCGCCUCCUCGGCGGCUUCCCCGGCCAGAGCUCCGCCGCUCGCCAGCCCGGCCGCCGGCAGCGAGCCGCCGCUGCCCGCUGCGGCUGGGGAAGCCCGGCCCGGGCCGCUUGAGGGGCGCUCGGGGGCCGUGCCGGGCCCCGGCCCCAACGCUGACGGCCACGUCUCGCCCGCACCGAAGGCCAAGGAGCCGCUGCACGAGCGCUACCGGCUGCAUUCGCUGCUGGGCAGCGGCGGCUUCGGCCGCGUCUACGCGGGGACCUGCCUGGCGGACGGAGCCCCGGUGAGUGCAGGAGGAGGAGGAGGAGGAGGAGGAGGAGGAGGAGGGCGGGACGGGCGGCGAGCUCAACCCGCCCUUCCCCUUGGCUUGCAGGUGGCCAUCAAAGCCGUGUCCCGGGAUGGCAUCCGGCGCUGGGGCGAGCUGCCUGACGGCACCCGGGCCCCCCUGGAGAUCGUGCUGCUGGACAAGGUGUCCAAUGGCUUCCCUGGUGUCAUCCAGCUGCUGGAGUGGUUCGAGCUCCCCAACGGGUUCCUGUUGGUCAUGGAGCAUCCGGAGCCGUCUCAGGACCUCUCUCGCUUACUGAGGGCGUGGGGGUUCCUGCCGGAGGAGAUGGCGUGGGGGCUGUUCCGCCAGGUGCUGCAGGCCGUGCGGCACUGCACCAGCUGCGGCGUCCUGCACCGGGACAUCAAGCCCCAGAACAUCCUCCUCCACCUGGCCACCGGCGAGGCCAAGCUCCUCGACUUUGGAUGUGGCACCUUCCUUAAGGACACGGUCUACACCCAGUUUGCAGGAACACUGUCAUACAGCCCGCCAGAGUGGAUCUACCUCAAGCGCUACCACGGCGAGGAGGCGACCAUCUGGUCCCUGGGCAUCCUGCUCUACCAGAUGGUCUGCGGGAAGCACCCUUUCCGCAAAGGCCCCAACACCAUCUGGGACCAGCUCCCGUUCCCAGCACUGGUCUCUCCAGGGAGAAUCGAUGGAGAAGUUUGGGCACAGCCCUGA